AUGGCACCAACCACACCAAAAGGGAAGGGGAAAGCCCCAGUGGCGGUCCACGACGAGUCAAAGUCAAUCCGUGCACAGUCAAAGAAGGACAAGCCAAAGCAGGACAGCGCAGACAAGAGUGCUCUCAGCAAGGAUGUGCAGAAAGCAGUAUUGGCCAACCCCUUGACCGUCCCUUGGCCGAAUAUGCCAAAAUACCUCCAAGACAACGUCCUCCACCUCCUCAACGAGCUCGUCCCGUCCCACGUCGCCGACUACCAUGUCCUCCGUGCCAGGUGUCAACAAUCCGACAAGCGCAGAAGAAGAGCCCAAGAACACAAGGCCAAGAACCCACCUAAAGAUGAAGACGCGACAAUGUCUGAACCAGAAUCAGAGCCUGCCGAAACAGGCCAAAAGCGCAAACGGCCCACAGCAAGUGCAAAGACUGCUACGACCUCUGGUCCGCCUGAGAAGCCGGAGAUCCUCUCUCAUCUCGUCAUGGGAAUUAAUGAGGUCAUCAAGGGCCUCGAGACGCAGAUUGAUAAUUUGAAAUUGCAAUUACUGGUAAUGGGUGAUACCCUCAACGGGAACCAGCCGGGCAAACCUGGGAAACCCGACCUGCUUCCUACAGCUCCUCGCUCGCCAUCUCCUUCUUCUGAGGGCGACGUCGAAGAUCUAUCAGACCCUGCGCCAGCAACCAAAGAGAAAUCACCCCCAAUCACAUUCAUCAUCGUCCCCCUCCUCUCCAUCAACCCCCAAUCCCUCGUCUCCCCCAUCCCAUCCUACUGCGCCACAUACAACGCCUUAGCGUACCAACACGCCCAACUAUCCAAAAUCCUGCAGACUAGAUUGAAGAAGGAAAAGUGGGCGGAAGUUAUGGGAGAGGAGAGGGAAGAGGUGAGGGUGGUGCCGCUGGGAGCUGUGGAGAAGGAGAUGGCGGAGAUUGUUGGGUUGAGGCGGUUGGCGUGCUUGGGCAUCAGGGAAUCGCAUCCCGACGUCUCUCGCCUCCAAGAACUCCUCCCCAAGGCGAAACUCCCCCCGCCACGCCAUAGCGUCACCCUCCCCUUCCCCACUUCUUCCCUUACCGUCCACACCGGUCGUCAAUCAUCUUCCAACUCUCCCAACUCCGCCAUCUCCAACCCCCAGAAUCUGCCCCCGGUGACAUACGCCGCACUGCAUAUCAAAGGUAUACAGACUAAACAGCCUGCCGACGGGAAUUCGCGCAAGGCGAAGCGGUUGCAGGAAGUGAGAGGGAAGAGGGAGGAAGCGAAGGUGAGGAAGGUUGAAGCGAAGAAGGCUGGGAAGGGGAAGGGGAGUAAGGGAGAGAAGAAUGGGAAGGGGAAGAAAUGGACGGCGGCGCAGGUGGAGAAGACUGCGUGA